GGCAGAUUUGCUAGGAUAGGCCGGGUAGUCGGAAUACAUCUUUUGUUUCUUUGGCAUAAUCGGCCGAACCAAUAUCGUUCGUUUUCUUUUCAAAGCAAGAACCAGCGUACGAAAUUAGCGCGGCCUAUACAGACCCGCAUGAUUCGCCUCACGUAAAGUUUGCGCUAUCCCGGGCCCACUGUGUGUAUUCCGACGCGAUGGCAGCCUACACAAGAGACGGCACUGAUGCACAGCUGUCGCUUCCUGCGCCAUACGUGCACGACGUCCAGCGGAAUGUGCGCGUCACGGAGGAUGAUACGUCAAAGAAGCACAACAAAGGAUCGACUGAGGCAGCAAAGGAUGGAGAACAAUCGCUCCCAUGGCAACGCAGAUCGUCUCUUGAAAAGAAGGUGAAAGGUCAAGUUCAAACAAAAGGCCAAGCACAAAAUGGCGGCAACACAAAAACUAUCGAGAACCACGUAAUCAGAAUGAACGUGAGCGGCAUGCACUUCUUCACGCACGAGAAUAUCCUGAGCAGAUAUCCGGACACCCUUCUUGGCGACGCCUCAAGGCGUAAGAAAUUCUACUGCAAGGAUUAUGACGAAUACUUCUUCGACCGACAUCGCCCGAGCUUCGAAGGAAUCCUUUUUUACUACCAGACCGGGAUCAUGAAGCGCCCGCGGAAUGUGCCUGUAGAAAUCUUUGUCAUGGAGUUGAAGUAUUUCGACAUGGGAGACAGCGUCAUCAAAGACCUUUUGAAAAAUGAGGGUUGCUACGUGCCCGAUGAAGAGCUCGAGCCGCAAAACAGGAUCAAGCGGAUCAUAUGGGAUCUCUUCGAACAGCCAGAGAGCUCUGCCGGCGCGAGGAUCGUUGCCGUUUUGUCGUUUCUCUUCAUUCUGAUCUCCGUGGCAGAGACCUGCGUUGAGACGUUACCGCAGUUCAGAACGACUGACGCCGACCUGCUAAACAUCAGCGACAUGCUGACAAACUCCACCGAGCCACCGACAAACACAACAGCCUCGAAGAGUCUGGAAGAAACGAUCAGCCAGCUACAGAGUGCCUUUCAGAACCCGUUCUUCUGUGUAGAAACCGCAUGUGUCGUCUGGUUUACUCUCGAGUUAGCAAUGCGUUUCUAUGCCUGUCCAAGCAAGGCGGCCUUCGCAAAGAAACUGCUAAACAUCAUUGACUUCGCAGCCAUCCUUCCUUUCUUCGUCACCCUGGUGCUGAUCGUGUUUGCGACGUCUCGUGAGAGGGCGGCGCUCUCUCUGGUCGUGUUACGGAUCCUGCGACUCGUGAGGGUCCUGCGGAUCCUCAAACUGUCCCGUCACGUGAAGGCCAUGCGACUCCUAGCGGUAACAGUGUACGAGAGUCGACACGCCCUAGGUUCGCUGUUCCUGUUCCUCAUGAUCGGUGUCGUCACCUUCGCCACAGGAAUCUACGUCACCGAGGAGUACGUUCCGGAAACGUUCUUUACCAGCAUCCCGGAUUCCUUUUGGUGGGCUAUCAUCACCAUGACGACGGUAGGAUACGGAGACACGUACCCACAGGGGGGUGCCGGGAAACUUGUGGCAGUGUUCUCCUUCUUCUUUGGGAUUCUGAUCAUGGCGAUGCUGAUGCCGAUCUUCGUGGACAAGUUCAACGCCAUGUACGUGUACGAGAUGACCAAUCCGUACCGGGCGAUCAACGACCUCAAACCGGAACCGGAAGAUACUCCGGAGAACACCGAGAAGAUAGAACAGAGAGAGACGUCGCUUUAGAUUGGAUACCCGGGGUGCAAGAUAAGAAGAUUUCGGUUCCGUUUGUCAGUAUUCUAAACGUGCCGAUAAUUGUUCACGUGCCUUAUUGUACAUAGAUUUUAACUCAGGACUUCUUCCUACCAUAGAAUAUACUGGCUGUGUAUCAUAAAAUCUAGCGAUCUUUGGCGAUGUAGGGCCCUUGCGGUUUGUCGGAAAGUCGCUUGGUGCGCAACUAACCUAGGCUUUACAUUUAGGUACAGUGCUAAAUGAAGCAUGCAUGAAUGUCUGGGGUGUCUCGCUAAAAUUUAGGAUAUACCAUCCCCAGCUGCUUUCGGUAUACCAGAAAAGUGCCGAAUUGGACCUAGGAGACUUUUUUGUGUGUGAAAUAACCGUGACAUUCGAGUUGGUAAUGAAAUAUGUGAACUAACUGUAUAUGCUCAACUACAUCCUAAAUUAAUCUGAGAAUACUACAUGUAUGAGAAAACGUUUUGAUAACGAAGUCAUUCUGCAUUUAAACGCAUACCAUAGGAAUGCUAGACAUUGGGCGUCCUUCCAUGCUCCUGGCGAUUCUUUCGAAAAGUGCAUGUAACGGAUCAUUUGAUUGUACUGUAAGGGUGACGUGAGGCAAAUACAGUCAGUAGGGGAUCCUGCACUUUCA